CCCGUUGAUUUGUAAAUAUAUUUUUUUCAGAUAACAGGAAACUAGUUUGACCUCCAUACCCAGGAUGCACUUCGCUCUUGCCAUCUUGUCGAGUGGUUGGGUUAGAAGAGCGGCAGCCAGGCAAGAGUUAGCUGCCUGUUAGCUUACCGCCGCUGUGGUAAAGUGGUUAUCUGUCAGCUAGCUGCUAGUAGCAGUUGCCAAAAGUGAGCUGUCCACACGGCGAGAGUCAAAACUUCACCGACUUUGAGACGUUUUAUCUGUCUACCGCUGGAUUAUAUAUUAUUUUUGAAAAACCAGUGGAUUUGUUUACAUCAUGAUGUCGCACAUGCUGGUACCGAGGUAUGGAAACUAGCUAACAUCAGCUAACUCAGCUAGUCGGCGAGAAAUACAUAUAUAGCUGAGAGAGAAGAGUGGGCUACGAGACCGGGCCCGCCUCAGACUAAAGUACCGGUGGCAGCUGCUGAACAAGAACUUUGACAAGGGCCCGUUUGUAACUCCGGUGCCGGGACACAAGGGAGGCCGACCGGGUGUCAGAGAGGCCGGGGUGGGAGAACAGCAGUCGCCCGUGUGCUGUGACCGGACACCGCGGAACGUUUCGGGAGUUUCGCAUGGUCUGGCCCCGGUUGUGACACUUUUCUCCAAAAAGAGAGAGGAAGAGGAACGGUAUGGAAAUGCCCUGUGACGGUACGUGUCUGUGUCAUAUCCCUCAGCUGUGAAUUACUUCGCAAGAUAUUAGUCCAGCACUUCGUUUCAUCUGGGAGCAGACAGAUUUGACGCAGAUAGUCAACAUGUCGAAAAUGCCAGCGAAGAAGAAAAGUUGUUUCCAGAUCACGAGUGUAACGCAGGCUCAGGUGGCGGCCAGCAGCAUCACCGACGACACCGAGAGCCUGGACGAUCCGGACGAGUCCCGGACAGAGGACGUCUCGUCGGAAAUAUUUGACGUUUCUCGGGCUGACCAGGGGGUGUGUGACAGGAGUUCGUCCGAGGAAACUUUAAACAACGUAGCAGAGCCUCAGGAAGGCCAGCCGCCUACCACAGGUCCUGUCAACGGGGGACACUCUUAUAAAAGUAUAGGCACUGGUCGUGUCACCCCACAAAAUUUAGGAGGAAGUGUGCCAGCUACAGCUCAACCCUUUGUUGCAACCUCUGCCACCCAUCCUUUGACAGUCACCAAUACGGUCCCUGCUGCCACUGUCUCUACCAAUGUGGCUCACACUGCUCCUGUGAGCACCAGCUGUAGUUCCCGUUUCAGAGUCAUUAAACUUGACCAUGGUACUGGAGAGCCCUUCAGACGGGGCAGGUGGACAUGCACUGAGUUUUAUGAGAGAGAUUCAGAUUCAAAUGUUAAUCGAACUGUGGAUAGCAUAAAGCCAGCUGUAACCCUUGAUCACAGUAUAGACAGGGACAGUGGGCUAGGGGCCACCAAUAACUCGGUGGUCACUAGCAGUGCUUUUUCUGCACAGGCUUCGGAGAACACCGUGGACAGUGGCUACUCCGUUGGGCACCCCACCCACCCCCACCCUUCAGAGUCUCCGCAGCAAGGCUACAGCUUGGCUCCUCAGAUAGGGAGUGGAGCAAGUGCCUUCCAGCCCACAGGGUAUACAACUACAGCAUCACAGCAACCACAACAGGCUCAGGUCAAUAUGCAGCCCGUUGCACCCCAAACCUUUCUCUCUAAAAGCCUCAAUGGUGUGCACCAAGGUGCCAUGCAGCAGAUGUCUCCCAUUAUGCCUCCUGCCACGCAGGCCCAACAGUUUGCCUAUUCUACUCAUCCCACUGGCCUCUCAGCUGGCCAUCCGGACUAUCGUCAGUUUGGCUCAAGCACUCAGAACCUUCCCAUGUCGGCCCUCCCUGUGGGGCCUCCAACCAGCCAGGUACCCUCACCUCUAAUCACCCCUGCUGGUCCAGUAGCCCAGGGGCUGGCUGGAGAGGCAACCUCAGCCCAGGGCCUCCUGCUACAAGUGGGCAAUGCACCAGCCAUGGCCCCCAUCCUUCCAGGAAGUGGCCAACAGCAGCAUAUCAGCCAGACUCAGCCUUCAGGAGGGAUGGGCAUUGCCCCUGCACCUUCCGUCACCACCACCACCUCCCACAGCGGUGUCCAGAAUGCGACUGCCACAGUGCCCAGUACCACCAGCACCCCUUCUGGUGUGCCAAGUCAGGCGCCUGGCACAGGAGGACUUGUCCAGCCCCAGGGAGCCCACGGAGGAGCCACAACAGGCCUUCCCUCCGGCUUCAGUAACCAGACAGAAGAUAGUAGGCAGAAGUCUGAUGCCCUACCUCAGCCCAGUGCCGGUGUGGUGCCAGGGAAAGAUGGUGUAAAGCCUUUCAUCGGUGACGGACUCAACCUGCCCACUCCAGCUGUCAACAGCCUGUUUGACAUCCAUAUUACCAUGAAUGUGGAUGAGGACAGGAACCCGUCCACUGCUUUCUACCAGGCUUUCCGGCCUAGCAGAUUACGAGGGUCAAAGCCUGUCAACGAUAGUGCAUCUGGUGCCAGCGUCGUCGCCAUCGAUAACAAGAUUGAGCAGGCAAUGGACUUGGUGAAAAGCCACCUGAUGUAUGCCGUUCGCGAGGAGGUGGAGGUGUUGAAGGAGCACAUCAAGGAGCUGUACGAGAGGAACUCGGUGUUGGAGCGCGAGAACGCCGUGUUGAAGUCGCUGGCCAACUCGGAGCAGCUCUGCCAGCUGUCCGGUCAGCUCGGCCAGGGCAGCAGCUCAUCGUCGCCGCUGCUGCAGCAGCAACACCCACUCGUCACAAACAACAACACCCCCUUGGCUCACCACGAGGGGAGUCAGAGUGUCCCUCAUCAGCCCAACAUCACCUCGGCGUGAUCCCCCUACCCCCAAUACAUAUGCUUAAACACACACCUCCCAUGGACAGGAGUGGAACAUCCUGUUAGUAAAGAAAACAACUGCUACCGUCCCUUUAGCUCCAUAAAGCAAAAGGCUCGGUAUUCAAUAUGCUCCAUUUGAGGAAAAAUCAACAACAGCGACAUCUUUGUUUGCCACCAAGAGCCAUGCUUCAGUGUGUGCGCAUUGCCGUCACCGGGCCUUCACAUUAUUAAGACAUUUACCACCCCUUGAAAAGUCUUAUUCUGUCCCUGUGGUUGGCUGCAAGAAAGCUGAAAAAAGGGGGUGGGGUGGGGGGGCAGGGGAGCCGGUGCACACCAUAAAACUGCAUGCUGUUCUUGUGCAGGAGACGGGCACAGAGAGCUCACUUUGUUGGGGCAACAAGUGAUGGAAGAGGGCGGAGCAACCCUGCGAGGGGCCAGUGUGGUGACAUGGGUCCUGUAACAUCCAGCAGAUACUGUCCUCCCAGUAUCCCCACCCCACAUUAAUCCAGGGCUCAAAGAGGCCAGAGAGCCGAGGGAGAAGUGGGGGAGACGAUUCGUCCUCCCUGAGCGGAGGACGACACCGGCGGGCGCCUUGGCUUUAGUGGAGCGAGUCGAGAGCCUCGGUUUGUUAUAUGCUGCAACAAAAAGCUUGUGUUGUUUUCUCAGAGCCACCAUACUUUGACAUGAAUCAUAAUACUUUUUCAUUAGUUCAGUUUUAGUAUUUGCAUUUAUUUAUUUCAGGGCUGCUAUUUUCAUAAUGUAAAUGAACAAUGUCAUGGAGAUACUUAUUAAAAACAAAAAGAAACCUUUCUCUUUGGUCUUUUGGUAUUUUAGAAUCUGUGAGGUAUUAAAUUUGGUAGUCUCUUGCAACAAGUAGAUCUCAGUAAGUAGGCAAUAAGUUCCAUAUAAGAAAUUCUUCUUCUCAUGAAAUAGUGCUAACACUAAAGCCGAGCUUACAUUAGGUGAAAUCCAGGUUGAAUGUAUAUUUUGUAAAGUGUAAAGUAUUAAGAGCAAGGAGGGUUUGUACAGGAGAAUACCUGUUAAGAUGUGAUGGGAUGUUUCGAUAAAGAAAACAAUUAAUUUACUUUUUCUAGACUUUCUUUGUUUAAAACGAAAAAAACAGAAAUUAAUUUGGGGUUUGGUUGGGGGGAUGAAAAGCUGUGAAAAUUGUUCGACCUACUUUAUAACCAAAGACGCAAAGCUGUGUAAGUCUUUAUUUUCCAUUUUUAAAUGCACACUCAUAUUUUUUUCCUACUCUCUCUCCGCUAUGCUUUUUGUUUUUGUUUUUUUUAAGCUGUUUUGCAUGUUCUGCAUGAUCUAUAAUCAAACCACUUUCUUACCUCAUGUUUUUUUCCAGCACUUAUUUUUCUGUGAAGUUGUCAGUCUGUGAAUGAUUGUGAAAAGAUUUAUGAAAGAGAAAGGGAACAAUGGGCAAAGAGGGUGGAGUAAGUGGUUGAGGGUAAGAAUAAUAAUGAGAAUGGAAGGUGGAGGUGUUGGAUGGAGGGAAGGGCCUUGUGCACAAAACAUUAGUCAGAAAAGGAGCCAUCUUUUUUGUUUUCAUGUAAAUGCUGUGUUGAGUUUCAUAUGCAGAGAAAAGGUUUUGUUACAUUGCAGAUUUUAAAGUAUUUAAUAAAUGCAACAUUUAGAUUUCGAUUGUAGUGUACCAACACUUGGCUUACAAAGAUGAAAAAAUAACUAGAUAACAAUAUCUGCAUAAACAAUGGGAACUAUUAAACAUUUCACACUUUAAAGCUGGAACCCCGUCAAUUGCGUGUGAGCAUAUUAUGGGAUGUCCUGUCUGUGUCACGUCUUUUGUGCCUCCUGUGCCGCCAUCUGCUGUCGUCAGGCGAUCCGGUUUCUUUCUCUGUGGCUUAGAAUCAAACCAAAAUGCUUGGUAAUUGUACAAUCAGUCAUCUUUCUACAUCUACAGGAUGGACUCUUUGAUUUCCAUUUUGUUUUUUUUUUUGUUUUUUGCAAAUGGGCUUAUUUCUUCUCUCUUUAGAGUUUUUGUUUCUGUCUUUCUUUUGUUUGAAGGAGAUGCCGUGUACAUGCCAAGUGUACUAUAUGAAAGUGAUCACUGAGCCUUGGAGAAAAUAUCUUAACAAUGCCCUUGUAAUGUGCUGUUCAGACAAUUUUAGUUUUCAGUCAAAAAUAAAUUACUGUUUUAUUAAGAGAA